AUGGAAUGUAUCAUCUUUGAUGGGGCACUCUGUCUAUCAAAUGACAGUAUCAUCUAUUGCUUAGGAAAGCAUUCUGAAUGUGGAAAUUCUCUCGACCGUAUUCUUGUGAUUGGAGUGAACCCAGAAAGCGGGAAGAAAGAACAACUCGAGAUUUGGUCGCCUGUCGUCGAUUGUCUCACUUCCCGACGUGGUAAACGGGAGCGCACGUUGCGUAACGCAAUGGCUAUGUUGGAAUCUGGAAGUAACCUCUCAAGGACGCUCAAAGAUGAUCACCAUUGUCAUUUGGCACAGCUGACCGAAAAAAAACUAGCCAUAGUGGAAGUUAUCGAGCCUGAUACUCUGCCACAUUUCUAUCAACAUGCAAUGAUGUCUGUGUCUUGUUAUGCUCGUAUUCAAGGCUAUGAGUUUCGGAUUGUAUUUUCAUCUAAUUAUUCCAAAGAAUGCCCACAUAAAGAUAUUUAUCUUCGUCGCCACUGUGUAGUUGCCCACGUUCUGCCGCAAUACGACACCGUCUUGUAUAUAGACGCUGACAUGGGCGUGGUAAAUCCGAGAAGGAGACUAGAAGAGUUCAUUGACGACGACACUGAGAUUGCUUUCUUUGAUCGAUUCUACAACUGGGAAGUGGCCGCUGGAUCGUAUAUCGUGAAAAAUACAGAAUGGACAAUUGAAUUCCUAAAAACCUUUGCUGACUAUGAAUACAGACUUCCGAGAGAAUAUCAUGGAACGGACAACGGCGCAUUACAUGUCAGUCAAUUGUUGAAGAUCUUAUUUCAUGAUAAGAUGAUCAGACUGGUGAUACUGUGCUUUACCACCUUUACUUUAUCUGUUUCGCUUUUAUCGAAAGUUGCACAUCUUGCUGAGGUUCUGUUCGAAAAAGAACGAAAAACGGAGUUGGCAUUCUGUCUACGUAUUUACUACAAUUUGAAUAGCUAUGAGGACUUAUUCACUUUUGAAGCGUGUGUCCGUCAAAUGCUCGGGCUGCAUACGAAAAUCGGCAAAAUACAAAUUUACAAGAAAGUGAGUUUAUCAUAUUACAUGGAUGCUAACUUGUGCUUCGUGGUUUUUGAAAAAGUGGUGCCCUCGUACGGUGGUUUUUUCCAGACAAAAAUUUAUGAGACAAAACCAAAGCACAGCGCUAGUGUUCUCUUACCAUUGUCAAACGGUAUGGAUAAAGCUUUUUAA